UUCGUGAGCAAUAAUAGCUGAGAAUCAGAAUUCUCAUCUCAAGAUAACUUGAACAUCGUCUCAACUUUCAUUCAGUUCCUCAAUAAUUACCAAUAAAAUAUUGGGCACAAUUUACUAAUUCUGUGUUAAUAAUAAUCCAUUGGACUUUCUAAACUAUUGUUCAAUUUAAUUUUCCAGUUAAUCAUCAACCCCAAUUAGUUAAUAAUUCAAUUGAAAAAAAGAUAUUGACCAUCAUGAUUAUUCAAUUGUCAUCAUCAACAACUCAUGGACUUAACCAGUUUGCGAUUUUGUUAUUGAUCACAAUUAACUUAUUACCGGUCACUAUGUGCUAUUCACUAAGACCAAUUUGGAUUAAUCCAUCAUCAUCAUCAUCAUCAUCAUAUUUAUCCUCAUCUUCAUCUUCAUCAUCAUUAUCAUCAACUCCAUCUGAUUACAUUGAUACCCAACGAUUAUUUGAUUCAAUUAAUGAUUUAAAUUUACCAUUGGAUAGUGAAAUUGAUUCAACAGAUGAUAAUGAAUUAAAUAGUUUUACUAAUAACAAUUUAAUCAAAUUAAAUGAUCUUGAGAGCAAUUCAAAUCAUCAGAUUAAAUCAUCACCAGUAACUAUAUCAAAUGUUAAUGACAAUCAACCAAUAUUAAUUCAACCAUGGAUUGAAUCUGAAAUUUUGUCAACAUCAAUAAAUGGUAAUGUCGGAGGUACAAGAGGGAGGAGGAUUUUAUUUGACCCAAAGAUGACCAUUAGAGGAGGAGGGGGAGGAAGAGGUGAAGGUGGAAUAGGAAACGGAAAUAGAUCUGAUAAAAUGGAAGAUAAAAAAAGAUCUGAUUCGAGAGUGAAAAAAGCAUUAAGUUUAUUUGCCCAUUGGAAACCGGCCACAUACAAGCAGCACUUGGACGAUGCUUACAGUUCAGAAUUGGUCAGUGCGGUGAGUCGAGGACAUGGACGGACAAUGGGACACUCACUUCGUUGGGGAUAAUGUCCAGUUCAACUUUCACCAAAUUUAUGAUUAAAGCACAAAGGAAAAGACAAAUAGAAAUCAUUAUGAAUCAUAUUCAUCAACCAUCAUCAUCAUCAUCACUAAUUAUCCCAUUAUUAUUGUUGUUGUUAACUGGUCAUCAUUAAACUUGUCAAAUUAUCAUCAUCUUCAUUUUCAUCAUAUAUUAAACCAUUGUGAUGAUAAUGAUGAGGAUAAUUAUCAAAUUGAUUAACUAAUCAACCCCAUUGAAUUUACCUGUUUUUUACAUUACCACACCUUCAAUGUUUUAAUUCACAUCAUGUUAUAAAUAUCAUACAAUUAAUGAACUUUUGUUUCUUGUGCAUCAUUUGUUUUAAUUUAAUUUCUGUUCACUGAUGAUAAUUAACAAUUAACAAUUAAUCAUUUUACUACCAGAAAAGGAUGAUUAUUAGUCAAUGAGAGAGUAGAUUGAAUAAAAAAAAGGGAUAAU